AUCGCUGAUCAGCAUGCUGAGCAAGGGGAAGGACGAUGGUGCUGGCGCUGGUGCCACAGCAGCUGCCACCAUUUGCGAGCUGUGCGACCUGUACACACGCAACGACUUAGACGGCAAAUGGGUAGAGCUCGCAGAAGUCUACGACCAACGACGUAACGUCGACAAUUUACGGGAGAUUCUCGAUCUUAGUGCCCCCAGUGCCCGCAUGGGCGGCCUCAACGGGUGGCACUUGGAGCGGAUGGCCGUUGGGGAGUUCGAGCCUGGCGCCGAUACUAAUGCUAACGAUUUGGCCGAGAUCAAGCGUGAAAGUCAGGUGAUCAAACAGACGCUGAUGAAGGUGUUGGCCAAUGGCCGCGACUUCAAGACCAAGCGAGACGAGCUGGAGGCAGCGAUGGCCAAGCAGCGUGAGGCGCUGACAGUCGAGCUGACGGAAGCUAAGGAGUUUCUGGGCCAGGCCCACUUGCUGAAUGCCUGUGACUCAGCGGUGAUCGAGGUCAGUGAGCCUGCGCCUGUGGAGGAAAGACUCAGAGCUACGGUCAAGCCCCCGGAGCUUUCUCCGGUGGUUGAUCUCAGUGAAGCUCCAUCGAUCUAAGUAUAAAUGACGAAGAAAUAAUGCACAAUAGGGCGAAACACGAGUACAUUUCCUCCAGUGC